AGUGAAAGGUAGAUGCGCUUAGGGUUGAGUUUUGCCAUCUCCAACUUGAUUUAGUGAGUCCCUCUCUAAACCGGUAAAAUGUAUGCAGCUAUCACGCUCUUCGUCUUCAUGUGCCUGUCUGCCACCACCAAUGCAGAUCACCACCAUCAUCCUUGUCAUGCACCCAAUAUGACAGGAUUCAUGUCCGUGCUUGCCCUUAAGGGGGAUAUAAAGGGGUACGGUGCGUUCACCUACGAUUCAAUGGGCAAGAAACUACGGUUCAGGUCAAACGAGAGCCACCCCAUGAACACAUCAGUAGGAUUGGAUCUGCUGAUGUUCUUCGACGAGGGGAUACUCUACGAGAUUGACAGCAAAAACAAGAGCUGUGAGAAAAAGACACUGCAUUGCACCAUGCACCCCCUGGACGUCCCGGAUGAUGCUACGUUCAUGUCUACGGCCAACGGUGGAAGUCCAACCAUUGAAGGGGAGGGAUUGAAAGUCACUACCUGGACUGGUUCAACGGCGGACAUGAAGGGCCACUACUCCAUGUCUGUAACCAUGGGUUGUCUGCCUGUGUGGAGCUUCUUCUUCCACGAGUCCUCAUCAUUCUUUGUCAGCCUGACAGAGGUUGAAAAUGAGAUCAAGGAUCCUGACCAGCUCCUGGUGCCGUCCUAUUGUCUGGCCGUGCCUUUGGAGGAGACACCUGAAGGGACCGUCAAUAGUUUCCUCAACGAGUUCAUGUAGAUGAAGCCUCGCCAGCAGAAAAACAAACCCCUAUCCAAGUGUGGCCCGCCAGAGCUUUAGACCUUUUCUCUGCUUUUCAUGUGUGACUCUACUUUUGCGUGUUCAACACCGCCCUACAUCAAGUCUGUUUCUGUCACAUCUUCCAAUCCCCUGUAUGUCUCUUAAUGGAUCAUCCUGUAUACAUACACGUUGAUGUAAAAGAAAAAGAAUAUGUCAUGGAUUAUAGAAAAAGUCGUAAUUACUAACAGUUUGGUCGCUUUUCAAGUUGCUACUGCUUACAAACCUGUAAGAUAUGAUUAAUGGAACAAUAAAAUGUCAAAGCUGUCAAA